AUGGAAGUGACAAACAAAUACAUAGUAGUGAAACAUCACAUUGAUGAUGCACCCAAAGAAUCCCAUUUUGAGAUCAAAAAUGGGGUUUUUGCUCUGCCAGUUAAAGCAGGAUCUAAUGAUAUCAUUGUGAAGAAUCUCUACAUCUCAAUUGACCCUUACCAGAUUAACCGCAUGAAGAGUUACAGCUCCUCCCAGAGCGCCAUAAACUUUACAGUGCGCAUAACUCCAGGCGAGGCUAUUGAUGCUCUUGUUAUUGGAAAAGUUGUGGCUUCAGGGAAUGCUAAGUUUGAGAAAGAUGAUUUAGUGAUGGGAGUGUUCACUUGGGCAGAGUACUGUGUGGUCAAAGAAGAAAGCAUAAUUAAAAAAAUAGACUCCUCUGAAUUUCCACUCUCUUAUCAUCUUGGAGUUCUGGGGUUUAGUGGAGUGUCAGCCUAUGUGGGAUUUUUUGAAGUGUGUAAGCCCCAAAAGGGUGAAAAGGUUUUUGUUUCAGCAGCCUCUGGAUCAGUUGGAAAUUUGGUAGGCCAAUUUGCAAAACUUUUUGGUUGCUACGUUGUUGGUUGUGCUGGGAACCAGAAGAAGGUAGCACUGCUCAAGGAAAAGCUAGGAUUUGAUGAUGCAUUCAAUUACAAGGAAGAAGCAGAUCUGAACGCCACUCUUAAAAGGUACUUUCCUGAUGGAAUUGACAUAUAUUUCGACAAUGUUGGGGGAAAGAUGUUAGAGGCAGCGGUUGCUAACAUGAAAGCAUUUGGAAGAGUGGCUGCAUGUGGGGUAAUAUCUGAGUACACUGAUGCGGGAAAAAGAGCUUCUCCAAACCUGCUGGACGUUGUGUACAAGAGAAUCACCAUUAGAGGAUUUUUAGCUGCUGACUUUAUGAGUGAUUUUGAAGUUAUUUUGGCAAAAAUUUUGGCUUACCUUCGAACAGGGAAGUUAUAUGUGAUUGAAGACAUGUCAUCGGGUGUGGAGAGUAUCCCUCCUUCUUUCGUCGGACUCUUCAAUGGAGAUAACAUUGGAAAGAAACUUGUAACUUUAGCAGAGGAAUGAGUGGGUCAGAGAGGCUAAAAUGUUACAAGUCUUCUUUAUGAAAGUAGCAAGUGUUAAGAAUACUACCCGACCCGUGCACCGCACGAGCAAUAACGUGUUUUGAU